UUCCCUUCGAGAGUCUUGUCUGCUCUGUCUUCUCUGCCAUCAUGAAGGUUAUGCUCCUGGUCCUCCUUGGCCUGGCCGCCCUCGCCGCCGCCCGCCCCGAUGAGAUCCUUGACUUCGAGGGCGACGACGCCGAGCACGACCAGGAGGGCGAGCCGGGCAAGGCCGUCACGGGAGAGUACAAGUGGGAGAGCCCCGAGGGCAUCGAGUUCGUGGUCAAGUACAUCGCCGACGACAAGGGCUUCCGCGUGCUGGAGUCCAACGCCGUGCCCUCCGCCGGCGGCGUCCGCGCUGACGGCGAGCAGGCCGACCUCGAGGGCGACGAGGACUACUCGGAGGAGGAGGAGGACGACAAGUAAACGGAAAUGAGAACCGAUUCGGCGACGCGUAAAGACGGAGCCGCGUAGAAGCGCCUCGGCCAACCCUCGCGCCAUUUCAUCUAAGUUAUCAAGCAUCUGCAUUCUUUAUCUUCCAUGCAACCCUUUUGUAAAUAAACUUUCG